AUGCCCAUCGUCAGCGUUGCGAAGCUCGUUUGCGAAUGGCGAAGAAUUAAAGCGACGAACUUCGCUGGGGCAAUUGCCGCAGAGUCGCAGGCCGCAUCGCCUAGCCGCCAGGGUCCGUACACCUCUCCUCUCUCUCCGCCGCUCCUUCCGCACUUUCCCCCAUCUCCCGACCGUGGCUCCGCUACUGGCCUCGCCGCUGCGCCCCUUGCGCAAUUGCCACCAUUGCGCCGCUCCGCGACCUGUCCUCCCCAUCCUCCCCUCCUCCCCACCUCCCUUCUCCUCUUCAUACCCCCUCAUUCCGCUUCUCCUCCCCAUCCCCCUCUCCUCCCCAUCCCCCUCUCCUCCCCAUCCCCCUCUCCUCCCCAUCCCCCUCUCCUCCCCAUCCCCCUCUCCUCCCCAUCCCCCUCUCCUCCCCAUCCCCCUCUCCUCCCCAUCCCCCUCUCCUCCCCAUCCCCCUCUCCUCCCCAUCCCUCUCUCCUCCCCAUCCCCCCUCCCCAUUCCGCCUCCCCUCCUCACUCCGCCUCUCCUUCUCAUUCCACCUUCCCACCAGGCCGCGGCGGCGGGCGCAGGGGCGGCAGCGCCAGGAGGCGCGCGGUGGUGGCGUGUGCGCUGCUGGAGAGCCCACAGGCGAUCGACUGGGGGCUGAUGCCGCGCGCACUGAGGGGGCUGCUGGCGCUGCUGUGUGGUAACGGGUACAUCGUGGGCAUCAACCAGAUCUAUGACACCGACAUUGACAGGGUGAACAAGCCGUUCCUCCCAGUGGCAGCGGGCGAGCUCUCCCCCACGCUCGCCGCACUCCUCUGUCUGCUGCUCUCCGCGGGCGGCCUGGCGAUAGUGGCGCUCAACUUUGGGCGGCUCAUCACGGGGCUGUACGCGCUGGGGCUGCUGCUGGGCACGGUGUACUCCGUGCCGCCGCUGCGCCUCAAGCAAUACCCGCUCCCCGCCUUCCUUAUUAUCGCCACUGUGCGCGGGUUCCUGCUCAACUUCGGCGUGUACUAUGCCACGCGCGCCGCACUGGGUCUGCCCUUCGCCUGGAGCCCAUCGAUAGUGUUCAUAACGUGCUUCGUGACGCUGUUCGCCACCGUCAUCGCCAUCACCAAGGACCUCCCUGACAUCGAGGGCGACAGGCAAGACCUUUGCCACGCGUCUAGGAGUGCGCAACAUUGCCUUCCUGGGCUCGGGGCUGCUGCUCGCCAAUUACUGUGGCGCUGUCGCUGCCGCCCUGCUGCUGCCUCAUGGUGUAUCCUGAUCACGUGUCUCCUGGCAGGAGGUAUCCUGAUCACGUGUCUCCUGGCAGGAGGUAUCCUGAUCACGUGUCUCCUGGCAGGAGGUAUCCUGAUCACGUGUCUCCUGGCAGGAGGUAUCCUGAUCACGUGUCUCCUGGCAGGAGGUAUCCUGAUCACGUGUCUCCUGGCAGGAGGUAUCCUGAUCACGUGUCUCCUGGCAGGAGGUAUCCUGAUCACGUGUCUCCUGGCAGGAGGUAUCCUGAUCACGUGUCUCCUGGCAGGAGGUAUCCUGAUCACGUUUCUCCUGGCAGGAGGUAUCCUGAUCACGUGUCUCCUGGCAGGAGGUAUCCUGAUCACGUGUCUCCUGGCAGGAGGUAUCCUGAUCACGUGUCUCCUGGCAGGAGGUGUCUUGAUCACGUGUCUCCUGUGGGAACUCUACCAUGCUCCCUCCCUUUGCCCCCCGCCCUCUCUCCCCUGCCCACCCAUCAGGCGUUUCGCCAGGCUGUCAUGA